CACCGAACAAACCAUAACGGGAUUAAGAUUCAAGACGGGAUUAACGACACGCAAACUAGAUUUAAGCCGUUCUACAACUGGUGUAGAGUGCAGGACUAAGCAUGAGAGGCUUCCCGUUCUCUCUGUUUUUCAAUUUAAACCCCCAUCGGUAGACGAAUUCGACGUCUCAUGUAGAGUGGUUGAGGUCGUUUACUUGCAGUUCCUGAGCGACGUCAGUAACACGAACCAACACUAAAUCGUGUAUAUCCUUCAUUUCCGUUGGACCAAGGAAUUGCUUAACAGGUCACUUGAGCUGAAGAAGGCGCAUUUGUAUUUACUGUGUCCUUCAAGCGCAGUCGUCUGAGUGUCCGAACCACUUGGUUGGUGCUGAAUUCUUUAACUUCUGUUACAGUGAUCGAAGGAAGUGCUGAUCUACAUGCAGGGAGCUGUGACUUUGGAUGGUUUUCGCUGAAAUUUUGUAGCCAAUUUGCAAUCCUAGUUACGGUAGUGUGAAUGCAAUCGGGACGUUGAAUUCAGGACAGCAGCUGGUUGUGGAAAGCGAAGAUGUGGACAAUAAACGAGCUCUUCUACGGGCCGGAGCCUGCACUCACGUACAUAUAUGAGUAUCCUAAGUUGAAGCCUGUAGAGGAUGUUGUUGUGAAGGAACUGAACCAUGCAAAGGAGAAGAAGGGCCACAAUGGUGAAGUGCAUCUGAAAGUGGACAUGUGCUGUGAGGCAUGUGUGAAAAAAGUUCGGCGAAUUCUCAUCGAGCUCGAUGGGGUGAGCAGCAUCAUCGUCAACGUCCCUACCAAGAAGGUUACUGUCACGGGCGAUGUGAAGGCGGAUGCUUGCCUAAAAGCUCUAGCCAAAAUCCGGAAGCGCGCUUGUCUAUGGGCAGAUGCCGAAGGUGGUGGCAAGGGGGGAAAGAACAAAUCCAAUAAAGAGGGAAACAAAGACUCAAAUAAUAGGACUCAAGCCUAGCGAGCAGACUUUAGUCAUGCCCUUAGGUGUCCCCGAUGCCAUGAGAACUGGAACUUGAAUUUGGACCUUGCAUACUGCGGUGUGGUUUUAAAGCUCUACAAACCAAGGUACACUCCAUUAGUAGACUGUGAUCCUCGCUGAGACGAUCCUGGAAUAGAAUCAAGUGCUUGAUAUUGCCUUCACUGGAAAUAGAGUAUGUUCGUUAGAUUAGCCUGCAGUAUUCGAUAUGAUUGAGAGCAUCAGAAUUGUUGCGUGAGGAUUACUUCUUUUGUGAAGGGAGCUGAUUUAAGCAUGAUGCCCUGAACCUGGAUCCGCUGCAUCUACUCAUCGAAUGACGGAUGUUAGAGAUGUUUGCUUCCAUCCAUGGGGCAACAUCUGUUAUCAAUGAAAAUGAGAUGCAUAAACUUUAUUUGUCUUUUUUAUACUGUAA